AUGAAUAAUUUAUUAUCUUUAAUUACAAAAAAAGUUUCACCAAAUCAAAUCGGAACAAUUUUAAAAACAAAAUCAUCAUCAUCAUCAUCAUUAUUAAAUAAUAUUAGAUAUUCAACAUUGAAUAAUUCCAAUAAAUUAAUCCACCCAAUUUCAACAUCCACAAGAUUUAAUUGUAAUUUCAAUGAAUCAAAUAAGAAUGUUUUAAAUAAAAACAACUUUGAACCUUCAAAUAAAGUUAUUUCAAUUAAAAGAAAUGUAACAAAUAGAUUAUUUUAUAGUACAUUAAAAGAUCAAACUGGAAGUGUAUUACCAACAACACCGAAUCAAGGAAUAACAUCAAUUGAUAUGGCAUUAGAAUUAACAAAAGAUGCAAAAGGUAUUCCAUUUGAACAAUUAACUAUUGGUAUCCCAACUGAAGUUUAUCAAAAUGAAAAGAGAGUAUCAAUGACACCUGAAAAUGUUGGAGUUUUGGUGAAAAAAGGUUACAAAGUGUUAGUUGAAGAAGGAGCUGGUAAAGGUGCAAAAUUCUCUGAUGCUAAAUAUAUUGAAGCCGGUGCAAAAAUUACAACUGCAGCUAAUUUAUUCAAGAAAACCGAUAUAUUACUAAAGGUUAGAGGUCCACAAUUUAAUACAAACUUGGGUAAACAUGAAGUUGAAAUGAUGAAAGAAGGUGCUACAGUAAUUAGCUUUUUAUCACCAGCACAAAAUGCAGAAACUUUAAAGUUACUAUCACAAAAGAAAGCUAAUGCCAUUGCAGUUGAUUGUAUACCAAGAAUUAGUAGAGCACAGGUUUUUGAUGGUUUAUCAUCAAUGGCAAAUAUUGCAGGUUAUAAAGCAGUGAUGGAGGCAUCCAACUAUUUUGGUAGAUUCUUUGGUGGAGCCAUUACAGCCGCUGGUAGAGUUCAGCCUGCUAAAGUAUUGGUUAUUGGUGCUGGUGUUGCUGGUUUAUCUGCUAUUGGUACCGCUAAAAAUAUUGGUGCUAUCGUUAGAGCAUUCGAUACUAGAUCUGUUACCAAAGAACAAGUUGAAUCAUUGGGUGGUGAAUUUUUAGAAGUGAAAAUCAAAGAGAGUGGAGAAGGUUCAGGUGGCUAUGCAAAACACAUGUCAAAGGAAUACAUUGAGGCUGAAAUGGCAUUGUUUGAACGUCAAUGUAAAGAAGUGGAUAUCGUAAUUACAACCGCUUUAAUUCCAGGUGUACCUGCUCCAAAAUUAAUUACCAAACAAAUGGUUGAUCAAAUGAAACCAGGUAGUGUUAUUGUAGAUUUAGCUGCUGAAACUGGUGGUAAUUGUGAAUUAACAAAACCAGGCGAAGCUUAUAAUUAUAAUGGUGUUUCAAUUAUUGGUUUCACUGAUUUACCAUCAAAAAUGGCAACUCAAUCAAGUACACUCUAUAGUAAUAAUAUCACCAAGUUUCUCUUAUCUUUAGGUAAUGAUAAAGAUGGUUUCAAAUUAGAUUUCACUGAUGAAGUUCAUAGAGGUUCAACAGUAACUUAUAAUGGUACUUUAAUUUGGCCAGCCCCAAAGAAACCAGUUCCAGUGACUCCACCAUCACCAUCAACACCUGUUAGUAAUAAAGAAAAGGUUGAGAGUAAUCUUGUUAAAGAAGAAACUUCAUUAUUUAAUAAAACAUUGAAAUCAGCAUUGGGUGCAACAGCAGCAAUGUGUGGUGCAGUUGCAAUGUCAAUGGGAUUACCAGCAGAUUUUAUGGUUAAUUUAACAACAUUCUCAUUGGCUGCAUUAAUUGGUUAUAAAGUAGUUUGGGGUGUUACACCAGCAUUACAUAGUCCAUUAAUGUCAAUUACAAAUGCAAUUAGUGGUAUAGUAGCAGUUGCAGGUUUACAUUUAAUGGGUGGUGGUUAUAUACCUUCGACUGGUGGUCAACUAUUAGCAAGUGCUGCAGUAUUUAUGGCAUCAAUUAAUAUUGCUGGUGGUUUUACAAUCACCAAGAGAAUGUUGGAUAUGUUUAAAUUACCAACUGAUAAACCAACCUAUGAAUAUCUAUACGGUAUACCAUCAUUAGGUUUCUUGGCUGCUUAUUUAUCAACGGUUGGUAGUGGUGGUCCAGCUCUAACUCAAUUGGCAUACUUAGCAUCUUCAAUUAUGUGUAUUCUCUCAAUUAGUGGUUUAUCAAGUGCAAAAUCAUCAAGACUUGGUAAUAUUUUAGGUAUGGGUGGUAUUGCAAUUGGUUUGGGUGCAACUGUUGCUUCUUUAGGUGUAUCAAGUGCUCUACUCGCUCAAAUGGCUGGUGUUGGUUUAGUUGGUGGUGGUAUUGGUUAUUUGUUUUCAAAGAGAGUAAACUUUACUGAACUUCCACAACUCACUGCAGCAUUCCACAGUUUUGUAGGUAUGGCAGCUGUAUUGGCAUCAGGUGCCUCUUUAUUGGCUGAUUAUAGUAAUUUUGCAGCUUUAGAUACAAUUCAUAAGAGUUCAGUUUAUUUGGGUGCUUUAAUUGGUGGUAUUACAUUCACAGGUUCAGUUGUUGCCUAUGCAAAAUUACAAGGUCAUAUUGGUAAAUGGAAGGUACCAUCAAAACCAUAUCAUGUUCCAAAUCGUCAUUUAGUGAACACUGGUUUAGCAUUAGCAAAUGUUGCUACUUUUGCAACUUUCUUAUCAACAACCAAUCCAACAUUAGGUUUAGCAUGUUUAGGUGCUACCACUAUUCUUUCAUUCAUUCAAGGUCAUUUAUUAACCGCUGCAAUUAAUGGUCCAGAUAUGCCAGUUGUUGUAACUGUAUUAAAUAGUUAUUCAGGUUGGGCAUUGGUUGCUGAAGGUUUCAUGUUAGAUUCAUCCCUAUUGAAUAUUGUUGGUGCAAUUGUUGGUUCAAGUGGUGCAAUCUUAUCAUAUAUCAUGUGUAAAGCUAUGAAUAGAAAUCUUAUGAGUGUUAUUUUAGGUGGUGUUGGUACAUCAAGUAUGGGAAAAGGUGAAGCAAUGAAAAUCACAGGUACUCACACUGAAAUCAAUGUUGAUCAAGCAAGUGAAAUGAUUACCAACUCUAAAAAUAUUCUCAUUGUACCAGGUUAUGGUAUGGUUGUUAGUAAAAGUCAAUAUCCAGUUGCAGAGAUGGUUAAAACUUUAAUUGAAAAAGGUCACAAUGUUAAAUUUGGUAUUCAUCCAGUAGCAGGUAGAUUACCAGGUCACUUGAAUAUUUGCUUAAGUGAAGCAAAGGUUCCAUAUGACAUUGUUUUCGAAAUGGAAGAAAUUAAUCCAGAAAUGAAAGAUAUAGAUUUAGCAAUCGUAAUUGGUGCAAAUGAUACCGUCAAUAGUGCAUCAGUUGAAGAUCCAAAUUCAAUUAUCGCUGGUAUGCCAGUUAUUGAAGUUUGGAAAGCAAAACAUUGUAUCGUUAUGAAACGUUCAUUAACAAAUGCUGGUUAUGCCGAUAUUCAAAAUCCAGUAUUUUAUAAACCAAAUACUUCAAUGUUAUUAGGUGAUGCUACAAACACUUGUAAAGAAUUGGCAAAUAAAAUUGAUAAACAUUAUAAUUCAUCUCAUUAA